AUGAAGCAGUUCUGCACAGUCGAAGAGGAGGCAGCAGGGCAGGCAGCAAAGCUGAAGCAGAGAGAAAAAGAGUGUUCUAAAGCGGAGAGGGAGCUGCAGCAGCUGGUGGUGCGGGAUGAAGAGCUGCGGGCGGAAGUGGGGGGCGAGCUGUCUCGGCUGCAGGAGAAGCAGCAGCAGCAGCAGCAGCUGGAGCAGCGGCAGCAGCAGCAGCAGCAGCUGCUGCAGCAGCUCGAAGCUGCGCUGCAGCAAAGAGACGCAGACAAGGAAAGCAAAAGCCUCAAAGCAGCAGAAGCAGAAGUGGAGGCAGCCAAAGAAGCUGUUGAACAAUACCAGGAAUCCAUCAAGGAUGAGGUGCAGCAGCUUUCUGCUGCGCAUGUAGCAGCAGAGAAGGAGCUGCUGCAGCAGCAGCAGCAGCUGGACCGGCAGCUGACAGCAGCAGCAAAAGUGACUUCAGCUUUGGAGCUGCUGCAGCGGAAAGAGCAGCAAAUUAGAGAAAGGCAGCAGCAAGCGCAGGAGUUGCUGCGGCGGUGUGGGGAAGCAGAAGCAGCAAAUGCUGCUGCGCUGCAGCAGCAGCAGCAGCAGCUCGCAGCAGCAGCAGCAGACCUGAAAGCGGUGCAGCAGCAAAAGAGAGACGCAGACAAAGAAAUCAGCAGCCUCGAGCAGCAGCUGCUCCAAGCCAAGGGACAGCUCAGCGGGUAUGAACGGGCGUUUCUUGCUGCUUCCGGAGGGUUUAGCAGCUACUAUCUUGUUGAAAAACCCUCAGACGCUCAUGAGCUGUUUGAGCUGCUGAGGGUUUACGAACUGGGCCGCUGCAACGUGCUCGCGCUGCAGGUCUUGGAAAGGGACCUGGCGGGGCGGCUGGCGGAGGCCGACGCGGAGGCCGCCAGGUGUACAGACACCUCAGCCCCCAGGCUCCUCGAUUUGCUGCACUUCAUUUCUCCCAGAUUUAAAAUUGCUUUUUUCAAAUCUGUUGGAAACACUCGAGUUGCUGCGGACUUGGAGCUCGCCACGCAGCUCGCCUACGCCCGCAGGCAGCGCGGUAGGGUUUAG